AAUUUCAACUGAUAAACGUGAUGGUGAUAAAAAAUGUUUUACAAUAUUUUAUGUCAAAUUUUUAAUUAAUUUCGAUAGAUUAAUUCGUAAUUUCGUAAUCCGAGAUAAAAUUUAAUGUUUCGUUUCGUUACUGGAAGGAAAUCGUAACGUUUCUGGGCCACAAGUCCAAAUUCCAUGGAGCUUUUGUGAGCUUAAAGUGCUGUGUUGAUGAUUGACAGCUUGUCGUCAUUCUUCGUAUUUCUAAAAAUAACAUUUGGGAAUAUUUCUCGAAAAAAAUAUUCAUCGCACGUCGUGUAAUCGCCAAACAGCUAUAGAGAGUCGAUGUCCGGCCGAAAAUAGGUUGAAAAAUUGGUAUCAGUACACGAUCGUAGUAAUCUGACUCGAACCUGUUCCUAAAUUCGGUAUCAGUACCGAAUACGUAAACAUAAAAUAAUCAAUUGGCUCGGAUUUUUCGAAUAUCGAUCGCUCUUGAACGAAAUUUUACAAGUUUCAGAGAAGAAUUACUCAUAUUUUUGUUAAAUCCGAAGUAUUCCAUUUAGCCUUCGUGUAUACUCGAUAGAACCUUGUAAACGGAUAAUACCGCCUUAUACACCUAAUUUCCGUAAUCAAGCUGGGAGUGGUCCAAUUAUGCGGACGUGAAUUCGUCUCAAUUAGUUCUUCCAGUCGGUGUAGAAAUGAUAAAUAACUAAUUUGCUCGAUUCGAUCGUCUUGAGUUAUUAAGUUUACAGUAUGAAUUUCGAGAACCAAUACAAUAUCAAAAGCCCCGCGGUUAAGAGGCUGAUGAGAGAAGCAUCAGAAAUGCACGAGCCGACGGAGGAUUACAGCGCAGCGCCAGUAGGUGAUAAUCUAUUCGAAUGGCAUUUCACAAUCAGAGGAGCUUCUGAAACCGAUUUCGAAGGCGGUAUUUACCACGGUAGACUGAUUUUCCCUUCCGAGUAUCCGAUGAAACCGCCGAAUAUAAUUUUAUUGACGCCUAAUGGCCGGUUUGAAACGAAUAAAAAAGUAUGUUUGAGUAUUUCCGGCCAUCAUCCUGAAACGUGGCAGCCUUCGUGGUGCGUCAGGACUGCUCUGCUGGCUCUUAUCGCAUUUCUACCCACUCCUGGUAAUGGCACAGUUGGCGCUCUAGAUUACUCAUCGGAUGAACGAAAAGCUCUAGCGAAAAAAUCGUUGGAAUGGAAAUGCCCGGAAUGUGGUAAGAUAACCGAUCUAUUAUUGAAUUCUGAUAAUGGAAAAGAUUCUGCAGUCAAAGUUGAUACCAAAGAGGUUACCGAUGUUACCGAGCCGGAAACCAAAGCUUCCGGUGAUAAUGUAUUCUCCCACGAACCCGAACCUUCCACGAAUUCUUCCCCCAGUUCCGAAGAGAACUCAAAUAUCAAUUACUCGAAUAAUAUCGAUAACGUGUCGCAUUCUGAAACACCAGUUUCUCGCGAACCUACCGGAAUCGCUCCUCCAAUUCCGGUGAAUUCGUUGAAUGAUGAUCUUCUUUCGUCUAUGUGGUCGAAUAUAACGGAUUCCAAGCUAACCGUCAGCGUAAUUGUGAUUCUGAUCGCUUUAUUACUCUACAGAAGAAUUUUUCUACUCGAUUAUAACGAAUAAUGGCUGAUUUUUCAUUUUAUAUUAUAUUUACAUUGUACGUCGCGUUCUUUUGAUUAUUUUUACGUUUGAAAAAACAUAAUUUAUUUAUACUUUCAUUACCAUUUUCAUUUUUUUUUGUUCCUCUUUACGUAAUUUUACAUUAAUUAAAAUUGUUUCUAUGUUUUGUUUGGUA